UUUUUUUUUUUUUGUCUAUCAUUGUUCCACUAACGAGUAUUUAUAUAAAACAGUAUUCAAGAUAAAAUGAAAUUGUGAAGUUAAAACAGCAUUGAAAGUAAAGCUCGUAACGCAAUCACAAUGAUUCGUAUCAGCUCUCUGAUAUUGAUAGUAACCUUUUUCGGUUUUCCAACGUGUGAAGAGAAUGACAAAUUUAUAAACAAAGGCCAUAUGGUUUUUGUUGGAGGUGAAUUGGUUGGGGAAAUUACGAGUUUGAAAUCUGCUGUUUAUAAGAGAGGACAUAUUAAACUCCGCUGCUGCUCAGAAUGUUUGAGGGAACUCGACUGCAGUGGAACUCGAAUAGAUUUCAACUCUUCCAGCUGUUCACUUUUGAAAGGCCAGUUCUUUGCAUUAGAACAACCAUUGUCGUCCUCUCAGAUCUUCAUGAAAACAGGUACAGCAACUGUUACUACGAGCACUAUGCAAAUGUCAAGUAUUGCAGAAAGUUCGUCAAAAACCACCCCAGUUACUGGCUAUGAAACACCUUUUGUUACUGAAAUAAACUCUACAGAAACUGUGAAUGAAACAGCACCUCAAGAUACUGUGACUGGAACAACUCCUUCAGUAAUAGUGAAUAAAACAACCACUCCAGAAACUGUCACUGAACCAACCUUUACAGAAACUGUCACUGAAACGACCUCUCCAGAUACUGUAAAUAAAACAACGUUUUCAGAUUCCGUGAAAGGAAUUACCUUUCCAGAUACUGAUACAUUAUCUCCACAUAAUGUGACUGAAAAAAUUUCUCCGAACACUGUGAUUGAAACAACAUCUCCAGACACUGUAAAUGAAACAUCAUCUUCAGAUAUUUUGAAUGAAACAACCUUUCCAGAAACUGUGACGGAAACAACACGUCUAAACACUGAACCUGGAACGACUUAUCCAGAUAUUCUGAAUGAAACAACUUCUAUAGAUACUGUGACCGAAACAUCUCCUACUGCAACUGAAACACUAUCUCAAGACACUGUGACUGAAACAGCAUCUGAAGAAACAGUGACUGAAACAGCAUCUCAAGACACUGUGACUGAAACAACAUCCUUAGGUACUGUGGCUGAAACAUUUUCUGAUGCUUUGACCUUUCCAAGCGCCGUCAACAGUAAAACAACUCAAGAUGUUGUGACAGCAACAGCUACUCUGGGAACUGAAUUUGCUACAACUCUCAUGGGUUUUUCGUCAACAAAAGUGGCUUUGGUCACGUCCACUGAACGUGUUUGUUCAGAUUGUGAAUGCAUCGGCACAACAACGUCUCUGAGUGGAGUCUAUGAGAUAACAGUCAACGGACAGCUAACCAGUGUCUAUUGCGAAAUGAAGUAUGGCUUUCAGUGGACGGUAGCAUUUCGACGAACUGUUGGCAAUGUCCUCUUCAAUAAUGUAUGGACGAGCUACACAAAUGGAUUUGGAAAUCUGGACGGUGACUUCUGGUUAGGUUUGGACAACAUACAUCAUUUUACGUCCUCGGGACAGAGCGUUAUGAGGGUAGAGAUGGAGGAUAUAAACGGCCAGACUGGUUUCGCUCAGUACAGCACCUUCCUGGUCGGGAGUCCGUCUUCAGGCUACAAGCUCAUUGUGUCGCAGUACGCUGGAAACUCUGGAUAUGACGCUUUUAUCUACCAUAACAAUAUGAAAUUUUCCACAAAAGAUCGUGAUAAUGAUCUCUCAUCUUCAAUAAACUGCGCUAGUUACUACGGCGAACCCUGGUGGAAUAAUGAUUGUUCACGAAUUAUAUUUACAAGGAAUAAUUUCAAUGACCUUGGCUGGUAUAAUUGGUAUACCGGAAGUUACAAACAGCUCAGUAAAAUAAGAAUGAUGAUCCGGAAACCGUUGAUUGUUGAAACAUCAGGAUGUUCCGAUUGUGAUUGUGUUGGAUCUCUGACAACGGAGAGUGGGGUGUAUGAAAUAACCGCUGACGGGAAUCCACUUGAGGUCUAUUGUGAAAUGAAUGACGGUUACAAUUGGAUGGUCAUUUUCCGCCGCAUUAAAGGUGAUGUGCUUUUCAACAAUAUUUGGACAAGUUAUGAAAACGGUUUUGGAAAUCUUGACGGUGAUUUUUGGCAAGGAUUGAAGCAUAUUAACAAAUUCAGUGCAGCUGGAUGGAGCGUUAUGAGGGUAGAAAUGGAAGACAUUGUUGGGUAUUAUGGAUAUGCCCAAUACAGUACAUUCCAUGUCGGGGACGCAUCGUCAGGGUAUAGACUUACUAUAUCGGGAUAUUCUGGAACUGCGGGAUAUGAUGCAUUAAGUAUCCACAACGGACGGAAAUUUUCUACAAAAGAUGUUGACAAUGACCUUUCAACUAUAAACUGCGCCCUCAAGUAUGGUUCACCUUGGUGGAAUAAUGAUUGCGGACUAGUCAAGUUUACUUUAAACGAUUUUAAUGGUCUCGGUUGGUACAAUUGGCACACAGGAAGUUACAGACCAUUGGUUAGAGUCAAAAUGGCGAUUCGAAAAUAGUUAAUACCCAGAUAUUGAUCGUACCAUUAAAAGUCAUUUAGGAAAUUACCAAAUAAACCACAUGGUCUAUGAAUAGACUUUUGUUUAGUACAUGUAUUGUGUGACAUUAAAGUCGAUACUAAAGGAA